AUGCCGUCGCUGCAUGAUCCAGGCGCCACUGUCCACUUCUUGGAAAGAAACAGUACUUGGGCGGUUAAUUCAGGUACAGCGGUGAAAGUGAGGCUUGGAUCUUCAUCUCUGAGAUUCAUGUCUCCAGUAGUCAGUGAAAUCCUCCGGUCCGGGUUUAUGAUCGAUUCCUCUCUCAGACGCCGAACCCACCUUGUUCAAUCUUUCUCAGUUGUUUUCCUUUACUGGUUCUAUGUUUUUUCAGAAUUAAUCUUUCAACUCUGCCUGGAUUAUAUUAUUGGGAAUUCCUCAGCUUCCACUCAGAUUCAAAACUCAGGCUCUGAGGAGGAUAUGCAGUUGAUGUUGGUGGAUCAAAGGAAAAGGAAGAGAAUGCUGUCAAACAGAGAAUCUGCAAGGAGAUCCAGGAUGAGAAAACAGAAGCACUUGGAUGAUUUAAUGGCUCAAGUGACACAGCUAAGGAAGGAGAGUAAUCAAAUCCUCACAUCCAUCAAUGUCACUACACAGCACUACUUGAAUGUUGAGGCCGAGAAUUCUAUUCUAAGGGCACAAACGAUGGAAUUGAACCAUAGACUUGAUUCUCUUAAUGAGAUCCUCAAUUAUAUCAACACAAGUAAUGGGAUUUUUGAAAAUGAUCAUCAUGAGAACCUCCAGACAAGUGCUGAUCAUAGCUUCAUGAAUCCAUUAAGUUUGAUCUAUCUCAACCAACCCAUCAUGGCAUCUCCAGAUUUGUUUCAGUAUUGA